GUGCGCUAGCAACAGCGGCGGCGGCAGCGGCGGCUGCGAGGGCGCAGGCAUUUGGGGCGCGAAUGCCCUUCGCGCCGGCCGUCGAGGGGGCAGCGGCGGAGCUCUCCCGCGAGCGUGGAGCCUGGGGGCGGUGUCGGGAGGCGCGGGCGUGCGAGACCCCUUUCCCGCGGCUUCGCCCGGCGCCGCCGCUUCGCCUUCCCGGCGAGGCGGGAGACCUCCCUCCUUCCCUGUUGGCCGACUUCCGAGGAGCCCCUUAUUUUUCCACCACCGAGGUGAAGAGGUUCUGGAAUCGAAACAUCAGAGGUGGUUAAGUGAAUCAUCUGCAACUCCUUGGAUCUGGUCAGUCUCCCUUUUGGGGCGGGAGACCACAUUGGAGCAUCUCACUGGGGUGCAGGAAUGGAAGACCCCACCUUGCAUCCUUUCUGCAGUGUUGCUUGCCUCAUCUACUCUUAGGAAUGAAGAGGAGACUUGUGAUAACCCGAUGAGGUACUGAAAACCAAAUGGCAGAGAAAAUAUUACAGGACACAAACUAGUGAUCGGUGUGGGGGCCACGCACGUUUCUGAAUGUAAUUGGACGAGCGUGAAAGAGGUGCCCUAUUAAAAAGCACAGGAGUCCUUUAAGAGAAGCAAAAUUGAGUUUCUCCAUUUUUUUGCCAAGAUUUUGGAGACUGUUCAAUGUCUUGUACGUUUGAUAUAAGAUGAGAACUUUGUAAGAUAUUCUGUUCAAGAGCGUAAACGAUGACUACCCCGGCCCUGCUGCCCUUAUCUGGACGAAGGAUACCACCUCUGAACCUGGGGCCGCCUGCCUUCCCACAUCACAGGGCUACCUUGAGACUUUCCGAGAAGUUUAUCCUUCUCCUUAUUCUAAGUGCCUUCAUCACCCUGUGUUUUGGGGCGUUCUUCUUCCUUCCAGACUCUUCAAAACACAAACGCUUUGAUCUGGGUUUGGAAGAUGUGUUAAUUCCUCAUGUAGAUGCCAGCAAAGGGGCUAAAAACCCUGGAGUCUUCCUGAUCCAUGGACCUGAUGAACAUAGACACAGGGAAGAAGAGGAACGUUUGAGAAACAAAAUUCGAGCUGAUCAUGAGAAGGCCCUGGAAGAAGCAAAAGAAAAGUUAAAAAAGUCGAGGGAGGAAAUUCGAGCAGAAAUUCAGACAGAGAAAAAUAAGGUGGUCCAAGAGAUGAAGACAAAAGAGAAGAAGCCACUGCCGCCGGUCCCUAUACCAAAUCUAAUAGGAAUAAAUGGUGGAGACCCAGAAGAUAAUGACAUAAGAAAGAAAAGGGAAAAAAUUAAAGAGAUGAUGAAACAUGCCUGGGAUAAUUAUAGGAUAUAUGGAUGGGGACAUAAUGAACUCAGACCUAUUGCAAGGAAAGGGCACUCCACUAAUAUAUUUGGAAGUUCACAAAUGGGUGCUACCAUAGUAGAUGCUUUGGAUACCCUUUAUAUCAUGGGACUUCAUGAUGAAUUCCGAGAUGGGCAAAAAUGGAUUGAAGACACCCUUGAUUUCAGUGUGAAUUCAGAGGUGUCUGUGUUUGAAGUCAACAUUCGAUUUAUUGGAGGCCUGCUUGCAGCUUAUUACCUUUCAGGAGAAGAGAUAUUCAAGAUUAAAGCAGUUCAACUGGCUGAGAAACUCCUUCCUGCCUUUAACACACCUACUGGGAUUCCUUGGGCAAUGGUGAAUCUGAAAAGUGGAGUAGGGCGAAACUGGGGCUGGGCAUCUGCAGGUAGCAGCAUUCUUGCUGAAUUUGGUACACUGCAUAUGGAGUUUGUCCACCUCAGCUACUUAACAGGGGACCCAGUUUACCACAAAAAGGUAAUGCACAUUCGGAAGCUCCUUCAGAAGAUGGAUCGUCCAAAUGGUCUUUAUCCAAAUUAUUUGAACCCAAGAACAGGUCGCUGGGGUCAGUACCAUACAUCAGUUGGCGGGCUGGGAGACAGUUUUUAUGAAUACCUACUAAAAGCAUGGUUGAUGUCAGAUAAAACAGACCAUGAGGCGAGAAAAAUGUAUGAUGAUGCUAUUGAGGCUAUAGAGAAACAUCUUAUUAAGAAGUCCCGAGGAGGUCUCACCUUUAUUGGAGAAUGGAAAAACGGGCACUUGGAAAAGAAGAUGGGGCAUUUGGCCUGUUUUGCUGGGGGAAUGUUUGCACUAGGAGCAGAUGGUUCCAGAAUGGAUAAAGCUGGUCAUUAUUUAGAGCUAGGGGCAGAAAUUGCACGUACAUGUCAUGAGUCAUAUGACAGAACUGCAUUAAAGCUGGGUCCUGAAUCAUUCAAGUUUGAUGGUGCAGUAGAGGCUGUGGCAGUCCGGCAGGCUGAAAAGUAUUACAUCCUCCGUCCAGAAGUAAUUGAAACCUAUUGGUACCUGUGGCGAUUCACUCACGAUCCAAGAUAUAGGCAGUGGGGCUGGGAAGCAGCACUGGCUAUUGAAAAGUAUUGCCGAGUCAGUGGUGGAUUCUCUGGGGUGAAGGAUGUGUAUUCUUCUACUCCUACACAUGAUGAUGUACAGCAGAGCUUCUUUCUUGCUGAAACGUUAAAAUAUUUGUAUCUGCUGUUCUCCAGUGAUGACCUUUUACCUUUAGACCACUGGGUAUUCAAUACAGAGGCUCAUCCUCUGCCCGUGUUACAUUUAGCCAACACCACACUUUCAGGAAAUCCUGCUGUUCGAUGAAAGCAGCUCCAGAAAGACCAUUCUCACCUGUGUUUUGUUUACAUGGAUUACUACAGAAAUUAGUCUGGAGAGGGGGCUUUGGGAAACCUGGACCUCAUAAGUCACCAUGGCAGGGUGAAACAUGACUAUGCCCCACAGGACUUUUCAACUUGUAGAUAUCUCAACUUUGAAAUGAUUCCAUUUUAUACCUGACCAAAAUAUAUUCUGGUAUGUAUAAGACAAAGACCUGGUAUGCUUGGAUUCUUAAAGAGAUGGUCACAUGGGAACUUUUGCCUGUUACUACUAUAUUGUUUUUAGAGUCCUGGAAUCUGGAGUCUAGACUGCCUAAGAAUAAGCCAAGAAUGUGGAGCACCUUGUGGGAGUGAGAGAUGGCCUUUGGAACCAAUUAUAUAUGUGUUCCUUCCAAAGCGGAGCUGCUUUCAAAUCAAAUAUUUACUUAUCGUUUCUCCCACUUUUCUCCAUUUUUAAUAAUGGAAGGAACUAAAACAAAAGAACGGUGGAACUGCAUCAAGAGCAGUGAAGACUGGAAAAAGAAACCCAAGUACCUGUCCCUGUCUCAGUUUCUAGUUCCCCAUUGGACGACCAGACUGGCAACCAUUUCAGAUCCCAGUGUAUUCCAUUGAAAUUUCUUGGUUAAAUUUAAUUUUCUCUAGGGGCAUGAUCUCACAAAGAAUACUCUUCAAGUCUUUGUCUCCAUAUGGAAUCAUUGAAACUGCUAUUUAUCAUAACCACUACUUAUGAGCCUGGGUUUGGGAUUUUGUGCAUGUUGAUCAGUCUAGUGUGGUAGCAUGACCAAAAGUGGGGGAAACGCUGCAGUUUGUCACCUUGAAACCUGUUCUAAGAGAAAGCCUUGGUUUUGUUGGGAGAUUUUUUUUUUUUUUUCCAAAUCAGCGAAUCUACCAAGUGAAUUUUAUCCACUUUAACCUUGUUAUAAAUUUAGUAAAAUCCCUCAACUUACAACUUUAUGUAGCUUGGCAGAAUUCACUAUACUAUUAUGCAGCUCUGAAUUUACCCAAAUUUCUUUUACAACC